AUGGUCAAUAAACCCGCAUUCAAUUUCAUAACACUUUCACACCCAGACGAUCUUAAAGACAAGGAUACGCAGAAGAACAUUCGACGCCUGGCAAUGGCCGAAGUGGGAAGAUCACGAAGAAAGCCGAAGACUGCACGCGCAAAAAACGAAAUUGCACUGCAGUGGAGAAAGGAGGACCAUCCACUCCCUCCAGGGGAUUUUGAUAGAUUGGGGAGCGGAACCAUCGAUCCGUUCACACAAUUCCCAAUUGAACUAGACGAUACUGCCCGGGCCUUAGUUAUGUUCAUUUUUCAGCAAAAUAGUACACACUCCUCCCUCCUCCGUGGGUCCUGGUGGCCCGUUGGGCUGUAUGAUGCUGCUACAUUCAAUAGUGUGCUCUCCAAUUCCCAAGUCUUCCUGGGAAUGCAGCAAACAGGCCAAUCCUACGCCACGGAAGACAGUGUGGAAAGCCUAGCGUACUACUCAAACGCUGUCCAAAUAGUCAUGCGAAAGCUUGACGAUCCAAAAACCCAUACCAGUAAAGAGCUUCUUGGUGCAGUAGGAUCUUUCGUCUGCCACAAUCAUAUAAUAGGUGCAUUUGAUCAUUGGGCUCAACAUAGACAAGCAUUACUCACGAUCCUCGAUCUGAGUGGUGGUGUCGAGUCAAUUAAGAAUGAAGAUCUCAGAAUUACCAUGUCAUGGUGUGAACUGGGAGGAGCAUUCGCACUGGACAUUCCGACCAUGAUCCCGAUGCCAUCUAAAUGGUUAGCAGACUCCAAAUCGCCACCUGGUUCACCGCGACCUCUAAGUGCGAUAUCCUUGCUCUGGAAGCGCCAAUUUCCAAUGAAGCAGGAUUGGAUAACAAUCUUCGAUGACAUAUCUCAACUCAUCUCUCGCGAUCGAGCACUUACCGACAAGCAAAUCGAGGCGGCAACUGCAAGUGGCGCUUGGACUGAGCCAACAGUCAUCCGCCUGCUUGCAAUCAGACCAUUACAUUUGGGGAUUUGCCCUGCCAGUAUUAUUGAAGAGAUAUGUCGGUUGGGUACACUUCUCUUCAUUGCUCCGAUCUGGAGAGCGAUGGGUGCGAGUCCUGUAUGGACGUUUACUUUUACCCGUAAACUUCUUUACUUACUGAACAGUUACGUUAUCGACUGGCAGGAUGUUAAACCUCUAUUGAUAUGGAGCGUAUAUUUUGCUGCCAUUGAGACGAAUGACGGGACUGAGAGAGCCCAAUUUUGCUCCAUGCUUGCAGUACUAAUAACGAGGUUGCGGAUACCUACGUGGGAAACGUUGAUGGAAGUCGUCAAAAAUGUUUUAUGGAUGGACAAAAUUUUCAUCGAUAGUGAUCACAACAUUCGAAAAGAGGUAAUGUCACAUGUAGAGAAAAUUCAUACAAAUGAAUCUGAUCCUACGUCAGUGGGCUUCUGA